AAAAUUAAAAGUAUUGGUAUCAGUAUUGGUAUCGGUAUCGAUAUCGACGAUAUCGGUCUCAAAAAUACUUGGAUUGCAGAACGAGUGAGAAAGACUUUGACUUCGUGCUGCUAGUGGAAAUGCUUUCUGUUUUUUUUUUUUAUCCAUUUAUAUGUUUUUCAUGAAAUAUUAGCUGUGCUAUACCUGUUGCCGAUAGAUGGCGCGCUUCACACGCAUACACACUGCACCAUACCUGGGAUCUCCACGUCACUCCCACAAAGUGAAGGCAGCGCUUCCGGGAUCCAGGCGCGCGCACGCACACCCCCACCGCGUUGAAUCGUGGGAUAUGAGUUUUUUUUCAUACGAGUCUGCUUCAGCAGCUCGGACAAGAGCACUACAUUUCCCACAAUCCAUUUAAACGUCUCAGUUUCUGGAUGGAGCCUUGGGCAACUGACGGCUCCUCGGAGGAGUCAGGUCUGAUUAACGGGCAAGAAGCGGAGAGGAGCGGAGCUCUGCGUGCUCAUGGAAUAGCACGCAAAAAUAAUAAGAAUAAAAAGGAAAGACCCAGCUUCUUGCCCCAAAAACAGGCUGAAAUGUUUAAACGGAGAAGAAACUAAAUUAUUCGCCCCGACAAAAAAUUUAAAGGUUUUGUCGGAGAAAAAAUUGGAAAGGUUGGAUUUUAUUCGGUGGUCAUCCCCCCGACACCACCCGUCCAUGAUGCUGUCAACCGCGGAGGAGAUGCUGGCCGAGAUCGCGCGCCUCACCGGCGAGCUGCACGAGACCACGCGCGAGAAGAUCCAGGCGGCGGAGUACGGGCUCGCGGUGCUGGAGGAGAAGCAGGCGCUCAAGCAGCAGUACGACGAGCUGGAGAGCGAAUAUGACAGCGUCCGACAGGAACUGGACCAGCUCCGAGAGGCAUUCGGACAGGCUCACUCCAACCAGAGGAAAGUGGCAGCUGAUGGUGAGAGUCGGGAGGAAUCUCUGCUUCAGGAGUCAGCAUGUAAGGAGGCGUACUACGAGCAGCGCGUGCAAGAGCUACAGACCGAGCUCAGGCAGGCGAGGAACACCCUCACCAACACACUGUCUGAGAACGAGCGCAUGUCCGCAAUCACCCAGGAGCUCAGGGAGAACAGUCAGGUGGUGGAGCUGCAGAGGUCCCGACUCCGUGACGAAAUCAAGGAGUACAAAUUCCGCGAGGCUCGUCUGCUGCAGGACUAUAGCGAGUUGGAGGAGGAAAACAUUGCGCUGCAGAAAUCCGUGUCUGUGCUCAAACAGAACCAGGUGGAGUUUGAAGGCCUGAAGCAUGAGAUUCGUCGCCUGGAGGAGGACACGCAGUUCCUUAACAGCCAACUGGAGGAUGCCGUCCGUCUGAAGGAGAUAGCCGAGAGACAGCUGGGAGAAGCUCUGGAAACCAUCAAGACCGAGAGGGAGCAGAAGGCGACUAUGAGGAAGGAACUGUCUCAGUACAUGAACAUCGGGGACUCCAUGUACCACAAUUCCUUGAGCAUCUCCCUGGAUGGGUUGAAGUUCAGCGAAGAUGUGCCUAACAACGACGAGCCCAUCCAUGGCUAUGAAAACGGCUUCGACAAGAUCUCCGAAGCCGAGGAUAACCGGAUGUCCACGCCCAAAAAGAGCCAGCUGUUCUGUCCGGCGCCCAGCCUCGUGGACGACUUGCUGAGUGAACUCAACCUUUCCGAAAUCCAUAAGCUUAAACAACAACUUGUGCAGGUGGAGCGGGAGAAGGUGACCUUGCUAUCAACACUGCAGGACUCACAAAAGCAGCUGGAGCAGGCCCACGGGGCUCUGUCAGAGGAGCACGAGAAGGUGAGCCGCCUCACUGAGAAUCUGAAUGCCAUACGCAAGCUUCAAGCCAGCAAGGAGCGCCAGUCAGCCCUGGACAACGAGAAGGAGCGUGACAGCAACGAGGACAGCGACUACUAUGAAGUGGACAUCAAUGGGCCUGAGAUCCUGGAGUGCAAGUACAAGGUUGCUGUUUCUGAGGUGGGUCACCUGAAAGACGAACUGAAAACUCUGAAGUCUGAAUACUCUGCUUGCCGCUCGCAGCUUGAGGAGCAGCGUAGCCAAUUGGAGAACCAGGUGGCAUCACUUCGCUCUGAGCUGAGCACCCUGGAGUGCAGCAGCCGGACCGAGCGUGAGCAGCUGGCACGGAUGGAGAAAGAGUUACGUCGUGCCAGUGAGGCAGCCGGUGAGAGCCAGGGAAGCCUGAGCGUAGCACAGGAUGAGCUGGCUACGUUCAGCGAGGAGCUCGCCAACCUUUACCACCACGUAUGCAUGUGCAACAAUGAGACCCCCAGCCGUGUCAUGCUCGACUUCUACCGCGAGGGCAAAGCCAAUGUUGGCACCAACAGUCGUGCCAGCCCAGAGGGUCGUGGCCGGCGUUCACCCAUCCUGCUGACACGCGGCCUCUUCCCCUCCCCCGAGGCAGAAUCACCAUCCCCUGUCUCUUCCCCAGUGGCUGAUCCACGCAAGGAACCAAUGAACAUCUACAACUUGGUGGCCAUCAUCCGUGACCAAAUCAGACACCUGCAACUGGCCGUGGAUCGCAGUACAGAGCUGUCUCGUCAGCGCCUAGCCUCGGCAGAGCUUGGUUCCACUUCUGACCGUGACCACGAGGCCAGCGUGGAAGAGAUCCUUAAGCUCAAAUCUCUUCUCAGCACCAAGAGAGAGCAGAUCGCCACCUUGAGAACGGUCCUCAAAGCCAACAAGCAGACUGCUGAGGUAGCACUGGCCAAUCUGAAGAGCAAGUACGAGAACGAGAAAGCCAUGGUGACCGAGACGAUGAUGAAGCUCCGCAACGAGCUUAAAGCCUUGAAGGAGGAUGCUGCCACCUUCUCCUCCCUUAGAGCCAUGUUUGCCACCCGCUGUGAUGAGUACGUCACUCAGCUGGACGAGAUGCAGAGGCAGCUGGCAGCGGCUGAAGAUGAAAAGAAGACCCUGAACUCCCUCCUUCGCAUGGCCAUCCAGCAGAAGCUGGCCCUCACGCAGCGUCUCGAAGAUCUAGAGUUUGACCACGAGCAGGUGCGCCGGGGCGGAUCCAACAGCAAGACCAAGUCUGCCUCCUCCCGCGCCAGGGCUGCUCACAACCCUGCGCAGUCACAUGUAAGUCCACCCCUCAGUGCCACCUGCGGGGGUCGCGCCGAGCCCGACAGCCUCCUGAGAACACCUGUGUUCUGCAGCGAAAAGUACAAGAUCUACUGCGAGUAAAAGCGUGGCAUGCUCUAAACAGCACUUCUCGGUGUACAAAGCCCCACUCGCACGUUCUCUCGCUCUCGCUAUUUGCUGUAUGGUGUGCAUCAUUUUGCCUUAUGGUUAUGCCUACCCGUGUGAUAGUAGCUAGGUAAAAGAUGGUUAAUAUGUUAGCUGCCAUUCAUGUGUUUCGCAGAGGGCAGAUUGCUUCCUUCUGUACUCACGGUGCUGUAUUUUAAGUGGCAGCUGCAUAUCCGAGUGUGACUUUUAUUUUAUUUUUUUAUUUUUUCCUGACCACUUAGUAAAGGAUGUCGUCGUGUCGUGGUCGUGAUGUAUACCUAGCUGCUAUCUGCACCUUGGUAGAUAUGCUUCCCCCUUUCCCCCCUUUUCUAACACAUCCACUUGCCCUCUUCUUUCCCUCUCUCUCUCUCUGUCUCUCUCUCUCCUGCCUCAGAAAACCAUUUUUCGAACUUGGCAGCCCGUUGUCUAAUCAGGUGACUAAUGUUUACAUUGUAAAAACAUUUGAAUAUGCAAAUCUCCCACUUCUAAGAGUAGGGGAUGCCCAGUGGGGGAAAAAAAAAAAAAGUAAAAGCCAAACAACGGGUUACUGAAAAUUUAGGAGCGUUUUCUGCUCCAUCUCGAUCAAUUGGUUGUGGGCAGGAGUGGGAUGAUGAUGAUGAUGAUGAUAUUAUUAAUGUAUUUAAAAUGGUAAGCUUUUGGCCAAGAUUCAAAUAGCUAAUUGUUCGCAUGCAAUUCGCUAGAUCCUUGGCUGUGAAAAUGUGUAUUACUACAUAGCAUUCUAGAUUUUGUCUCUAUCUCGAGCACACGUCUAAACAGGGCUCUACAUGAGGGGAUCGUUUAUUACACCCCCCCCCUAAAAAACCAUGGAGACAUCCGUUCAUAGCCAUAACACUGGAGCAUCAAGGAGGAGGGGGAAAAAAUCAGCCCUCAAAUUCAAGUGCACUUCUGCUAGGGGACUCAGGUUCCACAUUUCGCCACACAAAAAGGCAGAAUUUAUUCUGAUUGGUGAAAAGACGUUUAAAUAAAUAAAUGAACACCUUUUGAUUGGUGAUGAUUCAGCAAAGAAUUAAAUAGCACAACACACAAGGCACACUCAUUACGAUGCCGAACGAUUAACUAUGAGUGACGACAAACAUCACCGUGGAAAAGUGCCUGUCUUUUGCUUUCUAUUGACAACUAUCCAUUUCUCAGUGUAAAGCCCUGUACGCUUGUGUCUGAAUAAGCUAGCUUUCCCUCAUGUUCUCCGUACACCGCUCUCCUUGUAGAUCGUCAACAGUUCCCUGUUCCCUCUGCCUCACCAGUUUCCCUUUAAAUGCCACCAAAAAACAUACCAUGACAUCGCUAUAUCACUAUGCACGCUUCUCUCGACUCAGACUUUGAUAACGUGCUGAAGUUUGGUGUUUAAAAAAACAAACAAAAAAACACAAGAGACCUGUGUAGUGUUCCAGAUCGUGCUGCACAAGCUGAAUAUUUCCAUGGCGUACCGCAUCGCUAGUAGUAGUUUUGUAAAAAUUAACAAAGCUUUAAAUUAGCAGGCUAAUGCUAAGAAAAUGUGGGGCUUGUAGUGAUAUUUAACUUGCUGACGAUGAAACUUUUUAUUUUUUAUUUUUUUAUAGCUUUAUUAUCCUAAAAGCAGGUUUGAGGACAGAUGAGGUCAAAAAGUCAAAAAGAUUUGGUAUUAUAUAUCCAUAAAGAAAUACUAUUCAAGUAAAAAAAAAAAACCUUUCCAAGCCAACUUCCUCCUAACCAGAGGAAGUGUGUGUGAAAGAGUGUGUGCGAAUCUUAGGAAGACCUCAGUCCUCAACUCUGCUUCUGCCUGUGCUGCAUUUAAAGCCCUUUUUAGGCCUUCAGAAUAACGUACUGUAUUAAAGAGACGCAAAGCUAUCGCUCUCAUCUUUCUCACACACACACUUCAGCUUGGAUCUGACCACUCUUGUGUUCUUUCAUGCAUUUUGUAAGCAAUGAGCAAAGGCUUAAGAUGGCGUAUUAGACUUUUUUUUAUAUAAAGUGUUUGAGAUAAAAAGAGAUGAGAUAAAAGGGCGAAACAAUACUGGUUAAUUAUUCGUUUCAAUUAUUCAAAUGAAUUUAUUCAAAUGACCGAAAGAUCGUUUAUUUAAAUUGUCUCUAUUAAUUUCUAUUUAACUCGAUGUAGUGAUUUGAUUAAUAACGAUCAGAAACUACUAACACGCCUGAAGCCUGGGAUAUGAUGGUUUCUAAUCAUUCAAGGAUACAAGCCUCAGGUGGAACUUUAAAAGGAAAUGGGCGGGGUUUUAAUACUUGUGAGCCAGUGGGUUUUCCUGUUCAUUUUUUCCCAAAUUAAUUCUCUAACAUAUGAUUUCUGGUGACUAACCUGCUAGUUCUCACGCUUCUACCUAAUUUUGGCUGACACAUUAGAUUCUUACCUUUUCCACUGCCUUUUCUUUUUUCUUUUUUUUUUUCAUUUUGGUUGCAUGUCUCUGAUUUAUUCAUUUUAACUCCUCAAAAAAAAAAAUCAACAAUCUAAUAUCCAUUUUUUCUUUGUUUUCAUUUCGCAGUAAAGUUCAGCCCCUAGUUGAGCAGGGGGGGAAGUCGGCAUUCCAUCAUGCAGAUAAAAUUCACCUGCUUUUAGGCCAAAGGAAAUCCACUGGAAGACAAUAUCUGAUUUGAUCGAUUUUUUUUUUUUUUCAAAUACACUUUAUCUUAAUUCUGACAGGAACAUUUAAAAAAAAAAUGAGUACGGAAUAAAUCGGACAUGCUUCAAAUGGCGUCAUUACCAUUUUAUAUAUAUAUAUAUAUAUAUAUAUAUAUAUAUAUAUAUAUAUAUAUAUAUAUAUAUAUAAAGAUUUUUUUUUUUUCCAAUAAGUUGAAUAGGAAGCCUGUGCUCACAAUUAAAACUCCGCCUAUAAGAAUUUCGACUCUGUUCCUCUAAAUUAAAAAAACAAAACAAAAAAGUGUUAAACAGAAACUAGACUUUAAUGAGUUAGGUAUUUUAUUUUUUAUUUAAUUUUUUUAAUAAACUGUGCACUUUUAAUAUAAGUAUAUCGCUUUUAUUAUUAAUCUAAGGUCAGGUUUGUAGUGCUUUUGGUUUGUGAGUCAGUUCAAGUAUAUUGUAUACGACACACAUAUAUAUUAAUAGUAAUAGAAUUUUUGUAUUAUUUUUUUGUUUUUUCCAAUAUAUGCACUCUGUAUGCAAAUAACAGAGGUGAACUUACAUAUCCAAAACUACUCACACUACAAACCAAUCCUAUUGUAUUCUGUGAAACAAAUCCAUGAGCAUUUUAUCAUUUAUAUUUUUUUAUAAUCACAUUUUUAAAUGUUGUGUUGUCUUUUUUUUUUCUUCUUCUCUUUUUGUCAUGUUUGUUCUACUGCCAUAUUCGAGAGAAAAAAAAAACUAAACAAAAUCCCGGGUGGUCAGAUGCUGGGCUUUUUUGUCUAUUUAUUAUUCUUAGGAAUAGUUUCAAAGUGAACAUGGAGAAACUUGAUAUUGAUAUUCUUUGGCUUAACACAGUAAAGCGUGCUUGGGGAUUUAAAACAAAAAAAUUUUUGUUUUGUUUUCCAGCCGCUUUACUUAAGCUUUUUACGGAUCGCUGAUCUCACGAAUUCUCUGCAAGCAUAAAAAAAUUAAUUCCAAAUUGGAAUGGUCUCGUUCUCUCUUUAUUUAUCGUGCCAAGUCUCGGUACACCGUUUUACGUCCGAUAUGAGGAAGCAAAUAAAAAAAAUAAAACACAAUGGAGAUCAGAAAGAAGAGAAUUGCAAACAGUGGGAGUGGGUUUUUGACUCCCAUUUUCAUGCCCUCCAUUUGAGUUGGUUUCUCUUUUUUCUUUCUUUUUUUUUUUUAAAGGGGGUUGUUUUGCUCUUCAUUCUGACCAGUAGUGCCUUUCAUUGUUUUAAGAGAGAAUUGUAGUCUAGGUUUUUAGGGUUUUUUUUGUAGUUGUUUCCCUCUCCUGAAGGCAAGAUGAUUGACCAGAAUUUCUUCCUUCAGAGGAUGCUAAGAAGCAGCAAUAAGUGCAAAAAGACACACGUUUGUAUUUUUUUGUUUUUUUUUCUUCUUCUUGCAAGCGUGUGUUUUGUUAGACAUUAGGUAUAUGAAAUUGCAGGGAAUUCUCGAGAUCAGCGACCCUGUUAGCAAAUUCAGGGGUUUUCACAAUUUUUUUAAUCAAGGAAUGGGAAUCAGAAUUAAUCCUAUUUGCCUCCUAAUGAACAAAAGAAAGACAGACGUCACACAUUUGUGCUGCGUCUGCAGAUGGAGACUGGUGUAACUAUAGCUUUGUUUGGUGAAGGUAAUGUGGUUUUGAUAGUAUUGUUGACAAAUGAGUGAACUCGUGUCCUCUUUUUGUCCACUUUUCUGUUUUCUUUUUAAAAAAAAUAUAUUUUUUGUUCGUUUUUAACAUAUUCUUUAAGCAUUGUGAUUUCAGGAAACAGAAAAGAUUUUGCAUCAACAAGCUCAAAAAGUGGCAGGAAAGUCACAUUUGGUUUGUUGAGGCGUUAAAAAACAAAAAACCCAAUUGAUAUGUUUGGGAAGUGAGAAGAAAAAAAAACCAGGUCAAAUAAGUGCAAUUCAGACUGCUGAUUUCCAAAAGCAAAUGAGCUUUUCUGUUUGCUGGAAGCGAUAGUGUUGUGUUAUUCAGCUAGCUGAUAACAUUAUUACAGUCAUAUUGUGUUCAGUAUUGAUGCGUGAGGAAAGUUUGAUACCUUUAUAUAAAAAAUAAUAAUAAUGACUUCAUCCAUACGUUGGUAUUUAUUUAAUUUUCUUUCAAAAAGUUUUUACAGUACCGUUCUCGUGCAUUAUGAUCGACUAGUGGUGGAAAAUGUCAUAUGCAUGUAAUUCUGCAGCUAUGGGACUUUUACACAGAAUGGAAAACAAAGCACUUGGUUCAUUAUGAAAUAGACGAGGGGGGAUUCAAUUGAUAAGAGAAAUGCGUUUAGCUAUUAAGCGAUGUAUUAGCGCUGAACUAAUUAAAAAAAGAGGAAGUGCUGUUUUGUUUUCCUCAGAGAAAUACUCGCCUGUGUAAAGGUAGUCAUGCUGGUUUAAAAAAAAAAAAAAAAACCAAUAAAAGUGACCUAAAAAUGUUA